UGGCGGCGGCCAUGGGCUCGGGGCUGGCGGUGGCGGAGGCGGCAGGGGGCGCGCGGCUGCUGUACUGGGCGGCGGCGGCGGCGGGCGCCCUGCUCGUGGCGCUGGGGGCAGCCUCUGUCCUGCGCCCGCUGGCCGCGGCCCUGGGCAGGUGGCGGCAGCUGCGGGCGGUGCCGGGGAUCAGCCCCUGCUACCCGCUGCUGGGCAACGCGCUGCUCUUCGAGCCCAAGGGGGAAGAAUUCUUUAAACAAGUAAUCCAAUAUACCGAAGACUACAGGAAUCAACCGCUGUUAAAACUUUGGGUGGGACCACUACCUUUUGUUGUUUGCUAUCACCCUGAUACUGUGGAGGUUAUUCUGAGCAAUUCAAAGAAUAUAGAAAAAUCCUAUCCCUACAAAUUUCUACAUCCAUGGCUUGGCACAGGUCUUCUAACAAGUACUGGAGAUAAGUGGAGGACCAGGAGAAAAAUGAUAACUCCCACCUUCCACUUCACAAUCUUGACUGAUUUUCUAGAAGUCAUGAAUGAACAAGCCAAUGUUUUGGCAGAUACAUUUGAAAAACAUGUUGACCAAGAACCAUUUGAUUGUUUUCUGGACAUCACUCUGUGUGCCUUGGACAUAAUAUGUGAAACUGCAAUGGGCAGGAACAUUGGUGCACAGAGCGAUAAAGAUUCAGAAUAUGUUCGUGCUGUUUACAAAAUGAGUGAUAUAAUUCAUCAGAGACAGAAAUAUUUUUGGCUUUGGCCUGAUCUCUUGUACUCUAUGUUCCAAGAAGGACGGGAACAUAAUAGAAGUCUUAAGAUCCUUCACAGUUUUACGGACAAGGUUAUUGCAGAAAAAGCCAGAGAAACAAAGAACUGUGAAGGAAGUACAGGCAACUUUGAUGACAGCUGCAAACCAAGAGGGUUGAAAAAGAGAAGAGCUUUCCUUGACAUGCUUCUGAAUGCAACUGAUGAUGAAGGGAACAAACUGAGCUACCUGGAUAUUCGAGAGGAAGUGGACACUUUCAUGUUUGAGGGGCAUGAUACAACGGCUGCUGGCAUGAGUUGGGCAUUACACUUACUUGGAUGCCAUCCUGAAGUCCAGAAGAAAGUGCACAGAGAAUUGGAUGAUGUGUUUGGUGAUUCUGACCAUCCUGUCACAAUGGAGGACUUGAAGAACCUACGGUAUCUUGAGUGUGUUGUUAAGGAAGCCCUUCGUCUCUUCCCUUCAGUGCCUUUCUUUGCCCGGACAUUGAGUCAAGAUUGCUAUAUUAGAAAAUUUAAGAUACCAAAAGGAAUAGAUAUCAUUAUUGUUCCUUAUGCGCUGCAUAGAGAACCAGAUAUUUUUCCGGAGCCUGAAAAAUUCAGACCCGAGCGAUUCUUCCCUGAGAAUUCUAAUGGAAGGCAUCCCUACGCAUACGUGCCUUUCUCUGCUGGCCCCAGAAAUUGCAUUGGCCAGCGCUUUGCACAGAUGGAAGAGAAAACUGUUUUAGCCACCCUCCUGCGCCGCUUUUGGGUAGAAACAAGUCAAAAACGAGAAGAACUUGGCUUGGUGGGAGAACUGAUUCUUCGCCCAAAUAACGGCAUCUGGAUUCAGCUGAAGACAAGAACAGCUCACUUGCCAUGAGAAAAAAAUUCAGGAUUUUAGGCGCAAAAUAUGCUAACAGCAUCCUUUUUUCCUGUUUUUCUUAGAGCUUAGACAAAUUAGCAUAAUUUGAUGACUAUUUUAAGUGGGCUUUACAACAGCAAGCAAUAUUAUACAGCAGUGCUACAGUAUUUUACUAUAUAGCUGCACUAACAGAAAUAUUAGCAGAGUGUUGAUUACAUACUUACAACCAUGAGCUUGCAAACUCCUGGGCAGCUUAGUCAUGAUCUUGCUUCCACCUGGUUUGUUGAUAUAAACAUUUUUUCUUAGUUUCUUUUAUCUCUUUAGAAUUACAAAUACAGCAUCAUGUUCUAGGAUGUCUGCAUUCCAGACACCGGUGACUGACAAGCUGGUUCUGAUUAUUCUUUAUCCAGGAGCUCUGGGGUUAUGUAUCUAAGACACAGCUGCCAUUAAAGUGUGGUGGGAGAAAACUUUUUAAAGUUCGUUAUCCAGCUGUAAUAGGGACUAGACAACGCGGGUAAAGAACUGAUAUUUAUUUGUUUGAGUAAAGUUUAUUAAGCUAGUAAAGAGGCAAAAUGGCCCCCCCUCAAGGGUGAGGCGAUCUUUUAUAUUUUUUAUAAUAAGGUAAGACUACAGGGUUAAUAAAAGCAAUACUUGGGCGGUGUUUUAUAAAUCUGUAUAACAGCAUAUUUUUAUUAAGCUGAACUAGCACUUUUUAAAUGCUAAAAGUUAAGUAACAGUAACAUUAUGAUACGUUAGUAAGGACUUGUAGUAGUAGAUAUUUUUUAAGGAUACGAUCACUAUAUUUAGAACAAUGGCUUUUUUGUUUUAUCUUGUUUUUUGUUGUAGCUGAUUUUAUAGCACACAGACACAGAUCUACUUGUAUUUUAUUUAGAAAAUGCUUAAUACAGUUAAAAUGAUUAUUUGACGUAAGCAAAGGCUUAGUUAUUAUUUUGUCUUGUGGUUAGCGGCAUUGUUAGGCUACAGGUCAUGCCUUGUAUUCAGUUGUAAAGUUAAUACUUUUUAAUAAUCUAAAUUAUUGUUAACCUAACAGUAUGUUAUUAGAAAACUAUUUUAUUUUAGGGUAAUAACAAACAUGCUCACUAUAAUCUCCACUUUGUUUUAAUUUUUUAGAGGAAAUUUUGGAAUACACUUUUAGGUAUUUAAUUUUUUGUGGGGUUAGGUUUUGAUGAUUGAUGUUGGAUAUUUGUAUAAACUUGUCAUGACCCAAAGGGUAUGAUUGUGUGUGUGCUUUGGCACUGCAGAAUUAUUUCCCGCCACGAGGAGCUUUCUUUGCACGGUGCAAUUCUCAGUUGCAUAGAGAAAACCCCAGUGCAAAGGAGUUACCGCCACCCGUAUGUAAAUUUGUGUCCCACUAUUGGCUGUUUCUAAAUUAUUCCCACGUGGUGGCUAGCAAUUGGCUUGCUAGCCAUAUAAGAGGCUUGAGCAGUUUCCGCCCAAGUUGGAGGACUCUACAACCAUCUCGUGGAGGAGGAGAAGGAGGACUUCACAUCUCGUGAAGAACUCUAAGCGCGCUGUGGAGCUUAACGAACCCAGCGUGUGCCUUAAGAAGGAUAUAGGGGCCUGAUCAACCUCUAGCCUCUCCCCGUUGCCGCCUGAUCCCUUGACGUACCCUUCCCUGCGCGCUUUCGUGGAGAGUCACCUUUUGGACUCUCAUCGUGGUAUCCAGAGCUCUGUCCGGGUUUAAGAGGCUCGAGUUUUUUACGGGUCUUUUUCGUGCGAGUUUUCUUUUCGUUUGUAACUGCAACUCAAGCAAGUUUUCCUGCCUGCACGGUGACCAUCUACGGUGUAAGUAAAAUAAUCUUUAAUCAAC